ACUGGUCCACCGAGGGCUUAUACAAAAAUAAAAAAACUUCCAGGCUAAUAUCGCGUGCGAGAAAUCCGUUGCGUGUAUACAGUCUAUCUUUGACGAAUAGCGUACGUAGUGUGAAAAACCUUUCAUCACACCAUGGGUGCGCAAGUGAGCCAGGGGCUCGACGCGGUGCUGUUCCAGCCCCCGGAAAGGGGCGCGGAGCAGCCCGCAGGUCAACCAAGUGCGACUGUACCUGGGCGCAUAGGCGGCGAAAAGAACUUUGUGACAAUCCAGACCCGAUUAGGCGGCCACAUCACCGCAUACUCGUGGAACAUCGGGGCGCGGGAUACGAUCCUAUUCUCCCACGCCAACGCGGAGGACUUGUCCUGCUGCGUGGACUUUAUCCAGCGCAUCGCCCGGUACUUGCGCGUCAACGUCUUUGCCUACGACUACGAGGGGUAUGGGACUUCGACCGGGAAAGCCAGCGAGUCCGCCCUGUAUGCCGAUAUAGAAGCUGCAUACACCUAUCUCAGGUACUGGGUAAAAGACGGAUUUUUUUUUUCCUGUACGAAAGACUAUCAGCUGCAUUUGUGCCAAUUGGAGAUCUCGAUGCGCACGUGCUACUUGUCUUUGUACGAACAAAACAUCAAAAAAUCACCUAAAUACUCCUCCAGGGAAGUGGUCGGCGUCCCGUGGGAGCACAUCAUUCUGUACGGCCGGUCCAUUGGCACCGGGCCCACCGUGCACCUGGCUGCCUCUGCGCCGGUGCGCGGCGUUAUUGCGAGGAAAAAUCCCCCCUCCCCAUAUCAAAACGAAACUUCUGAUGCUGGAUUUGCGUGCACAAAUCAGCCUUGUCUUGCAGCAGAGAACUGCAGCCCCUCCAUAGCAAGCCUGCGCGGCGAGGUUUUAGCCUAGGCGCUCAGCAUGACAAAAGCCUAUGCCGUAGGCCCAACAGCAUCGCAAACCGCUGGCAUAAUGCGGGAAGUCUUUUGGGUUUGCCUCCUUAUGCAAGACAGAGACGAUUUGUGAUCACAAAUAAGCAUCACAAAUUUCCAAAAAUGUACCUUUUGAAUAUGGGGAGGGGGGAUUUUUCCGCACAAUAGGCGUGAUUUUGCAAGCCCCGAUGGCCAGCAUCUACCGCAUUAUCCUGAGUAAAAACGUCCCCACACCAGAGUUGUAAUGCAAAUCUGCAUGCCAAAAAAGUUUCUCAUGCGGAGCCCCAUGAGAAGCAUUUUCUAGUCGUGUUUUUGAGUUUGUGAUGCUAGAAUGAGCAUGAUAUGCUAGAUCUGUGAUGCUGCUGAACUAGCGAAACAGGAUCAUACUAGGAGGGCAAACCUGUCAUGCGAAACAGCGAAAGCUGGUUGAUUUGUCUAGCCGAUUUCCCAUCUUGACUCUGGUGUGGGUACGUUUUUACUCAGGAUACGCAUUGUGUUUGAUUUUCGCUUCACGAUGUGGGGCGAUCAGUUUGCGAACAUUGACAAAAUCGCGCGCGUCGCCAGCCCGGUCUGCAUUGUGCACGGCAUUGCGGACGAGAUCGUCCCGGUAUGGCACGGUGUAGAGCUGUGGAAGAAAUUGCAGCGGCCGGUGGAACCGCUGUGGGUUCCGAACGGCGACCACAACGCGUUGGACCACGAGAUGCUGUUGCGCAGGGUGAAACUUUUUCUCGUCGAACUUGAGCACAUGGGGUUUUCCGAGAACCAGCUGAAGCAGGCACUACAGGAAACGGAAGAGAUCGAGCGCUUGAAGUCCGACAUGGACGGAACUGGAGACUUGAUGUUCACCACCACGGGCGGCGGGGAGACCACUUCUGCGAUGCAGCCGGAGUCCGCUCCUUCGUCAAGAACUUCUUCGAGCAGCCGACGAUCGGAAGGGAGUCGCGAGCCGCGGGAGCGCUCAGAACUGAUACUGCGGAUCCACGGCGGGAGAGACAGUUUUUCGGAAGUACGUGCCAACUCACCGCACAAUUCCUCCGAGAGCAGCGGAAGAAGCAUUCGCGUCGGCACCUCCGUGGUCGCACGGAACCGCGCCAGCGUGCUGGCGUAUCUCGAACAGCAGGAGCACGCUGCUUCCAUGGAGGAGGCGGCUUUGGCUGCGGCAGAGCUGCUGGAGGGACCAAAUAAUAGCAGGAGGGGGAGCAGAGUGGUGACAAGAACGGAAAUGCAAAGGGUGCCGCUGCGUCCGUGA